CAAGAGAAUUCAGGGAACACUAUAGUCCACCCCGAAUGUCUGUUUACAACACAGAAUGUCUGUUUUCCCUUCUUGAGUGAAAUAUGCUGUGUAGAUAUCCAAUUGUUGUGGAAUGCUGUCUAGAAAGCAUGUGGGAGUCUAUUGUGGGUCAUGUUAUCUCCAACACGGGUGAGAUGGGAAAGAAAGGAGUGGCGAGCUUCUCACGCAAGUUGGGUUUGAGGUGAAGGGGGAGGUGCAGGUGGGAGUCACCUGUUUUUGCUGAUCUGACAACAGUCAAACUUCCUCUUCAAAUGGCUGUUACACUCUUUGAGCAAAUACAGCUCAUUGCAGACUGGUCUUUGAGCCCUCCGGUACUAAAUACAUAGUUAUUCCCAUGCUUGCAAACAAGGGAUUCCUGCUUUAAUUUUGUAGUUUAAAGGCUUCAGUUUCUUAACAAGAAGGACUAAUGUUGGCAUCUGUCUUACAGACUAUAAAGUUCACCGAUGUGUAAAAACACUAGCAUGUCAAUAUUAAGUUUAUACUAACUGUUGAUUUAGAAUGUUGUCUCUUCUUCUAAGAAUUUGUGUAAAUGCAUGUAUGAGGUUAUUUAAUAGGGUGUUGUGUAACACAGCUGGCUGCACAAAGAACUUUUUCUCUCUGGAAGUGUUUUCCUCAAGACUACUGUAAAGCAACAGAUAAAGAUUCGCACUAUUAGCAUCUGCGAACCACAAUGAAGACAACUCCUGUUCCUCUCUCUCCCUCUUGUUCUUCCUUUCACUCAUGUUUUUUAGUCACACACGAGAGAGUCUAAACACAGCCCCCUUUCCUGGAGGAGGAGUUCUCCCUUCCUUUUCUUUCAGUGCUUGUGUCUAGUCUUAGGCAGACCCAGUUAUGCUGAAGGAGGGCUGGCUGUGGGGGCUGGCUUCAGGGCUGCUGUUGCUCUGGCUGAUGCCUGCGCAGGGUGGCAGGGUGCUGGUCAUGCCUGUUGAUGGCAGCCACUGGCUCAGCAUGAAGGUGUUGGCAACCAAACUAGCCCAGAGAGGCCAUGACAUCCUGGUCCUGGUGCCCGAGACCAACAUCUUGAUCCAGAGUUCCAAACUCUUCCGCACAGAGACCUUCCCGGUGCAGAUCUCCAAGGAGGAGUUGUCCACCAGCUUGAGGGGAUUUCAGCAGGAGGUGUUCAAACAUAGCCCUGCACUGUUGGACAUCUUUGUCCAAGUGGGAAGGCUGCUGAACUUCACGGGUAUGCAGGUGCGAGGAUGUGAGUCACUCCUUUAUAACGAACCUUUGAUGGAGAAACUGAAGCAGGAGAACUUUGAGUUGGUGCUCACCGACCCGUUCCUGCCAUGUGGGCCUAUUAUCGCUUCUGCUCUUGGUCUCCCUGCCGUCUACUUCCUGCGCAGCUUGCCUUGCGGCAUUGACAUGUUGGCUUCGCAGUGUCCCUCUCCCCCAUCAUAUGUACCUCGGUUUCAGUCCGGAAGCACUGACAAAAUGACCUUUGUGGAGCGCAUCCAGAAUUUUAUCAUGAGUGCCGUAGAGCUGGCGCUUUGUCAAAUAAUGUAUGCCAGUUUUGAUGAACUUGCCUCAAGAUACCUGCAUGCAGAUGUGACAUACAUGGAGCUCAUCGGCCGCGGAGCUAUCUGGUUGUUUAGAUACGAUUUCACAUUUGAAUACCCCAGGCCUAUCAUGCCAAACAUGGUCUUCAUCGGAGGCAUCAACUGUGGGAAGAGCUCAGAACUUAGUGCAGAAUUAGAGGAGUUUAUGGAGGGCUCAGGAGAGCAUGGCAUUGUGGUGUUCAGUCUGGGUUCUCUGAUUUCCUCCAUGCCUAAAGAGAAAGCCGCCAUCUUCUUCGAGGCCUUCAGUAUGAUCCCACAGAGGGUUCUGUGGCGGUAUACGGGUGAGAUGCCUGAGAAUAUCCCUGAAAAUGUCAAACUGAUGAAGUGGCUUCCACAGAAUGAUUUGCUCGGUCACCCCAAGGCAAGAGCAUUCAUCACUCAUGGUGGAACGCAUGGAAUCUAUGAGGGGAUCUGUCAUGGCGUUCCCAUGGUGAUGCUUCCGCUCUUUGGCGACCAAGCUGACAACGUGCACCGUGUGGCAACUCGAGGGGUGGGAGUGGUCCUCGGUAUCCAUGACAUCACGGCAGAAGAACUGGUCAACGCUCUCAACACAGUUAUUAACGACAGCAGCUAUAAAGAAAGAAUGGAGAAGCUUUCUGCCAUACACAACGACCGUCCCAUGCAGCCCCUGGACCUUGCAGUCUAUUGGACAGAGUUUGUUAUGAGACACAAGGGAGCGGACCACCUGAGACCUGCUGCCCAUGACCUAAACUGGUUUCAGUACCACAGUCUGGAUGUGAUUGGCUUUCUGCUUUGUGCUGUGCUGAUUGUAACUCUAGCAACGUUGAAAUUCUGUGCACUGUGCUGGAGAUGGUGCUGCCGAAAAUCGCAGAAGAGUAAGGUGGACUGACCGCAUAGAGAGAGAAGUUAGCAUAGCUUACAGAAGUUUCCAAGUCUCAACGUACAUUUUCUUUAUUUUUCUACCAUGUCUUAAUUUCAGAUGUACAAUGCCAGAGUCAUAAUAAGUCAGAAACAUACUAUGUGCAAGUACGAAAAUGCAGACGCUUCUAGCUUUGCAAGCACGAUUUAGUGCCUUGUUGAAUUGCAUUCUCAAUGUUGCCACAAGGGGCGCUAUAGCAGACAUUAGUAUAAAAUGUUCGCUUUUACAAUGAGUUUUCUUUUUCAAGUCAACAACUGUCAUGGCGGAGCAACAGUUAAAGACGAUACAUUUGAAUUGUAUUAUUUUAGACUAGGGACCUCUAUCGCUCGAGUGCUGAGGUUUGUUACUGCUACAGUAAGAAUGAACGUUAAGCAUGUUCAACCAGACAGCGCAUUGACAGUGCGUUGGGUUAGCGCUUGCAUUUGCAUACACGUACUUGCGUUACAAUUUUUUUCUUAAAGCUGCACUUUUGUGGACAGGGAUCACAUUUCACUAUUGACACUAUUGUGAUGCAGUUUCACUGAACGCACCAGUAAAGAAACUGUACCUUUAAGAUGUUUGCUUUGCAUGCUUUUAGUCUGACAUUAUCGAUCACAAGUUAAUUAUAAUAGUAGUCGGUUGCACAUACAUUUCAUACCAAGCAACCUACAGUACACUAAUAGACCUUAUUCACGCUAGUGCCAUCUUUGAUUUUUAAUGGGAAUGACAACGAGGCUGUGAGGGAUAGACUUACCAUCUCUUCAAUGGCACAAACGGUAUAAAGCUGUAUAAAGCUCCUAGAUCACAUCUGAUUUUCCACAACUCAUGAUGUCUGGAGUUCUUUGUAUACUGAAUGUUCUUGGACAGAUAUUUUAUCAAUGCUUUGUCUGUGGAAUGAUCCAAAAACACUUUAAACUGCAGUUGAAGACUGUAAGUCUAUCCCUCACAUCCUCAUUGUCAUUCCCAUUAAAAAUCAAAGAUGGCGCUAGCGUGAAUAAGGUCACAGUGUAAAAGGAAUAUUCCAGGUUCAGUACAAGUUAAGCUCAAUCAACAGCAUUUGUGGCUUAAUGUUGAUUACCACAAAUUCAUUUCGAUUCUUUGCUCUUUCUUAAAAAAAAAAAAAAAAAAAAAAAAAGCCAAAAAUCAAGGUUCCAGUGAGGCACGUACAAUGGAAGUGAAUGGGGCCAAUUUUUGGAGGGUUUAAAAUGCAAAAAUGUGAAGUUUAUAAUUUUACAAAAGCACUUGCAUUAAUUAUUCUGUUAAAACUUGUGUAUUAUUUGAGCUGUAAUGUUGUUGAAAUUUUCAUGGUUGUUUUAGGGUUUAUGGUGUUAUAUCGUCAUAGCAACGAAGAUGUAAAAUUGAAUAUGACUUGACAGAAAUGGUUAGUAAGCGAUUUUAUCACUCUAAAAUUAUGUUAACACGCAUAUUGUUUAUGUCUUGUGGCUAUACUUAUGAAACAGUGAGUAUUUUAACGUUUACGGAUUGGCCCCAUUGACUUCCAUUGUAAGUGUCUCACUGUAACACAGAUUUUUGCUUUUUUACAGAAAAGAAGGUAUGAGUUGAAAUUCAUUUUUGCAGUUAUCAACAUCAUCAUAAAUACCGUCGAUUGAGCUUAACUUUAAACCCAUAUUAUUUAUUUAAGUACAUUCACUAUCAUUGUGCCUGUUAUACAGUAAUGUUGAAGGUGCUUUUAAUACCAACACUAAUGUCGAUGGCAGAAUGGUUGCUGCUGGGUAACCGGAAUGUGUUCAGUCCUAUAUUCGGGUGCUCCUAUUCCAAUCAGGCUGGAUCCUUUAAAGUAAUUAUAGAGUUUCAGUCUGUAGAUUUAGUUUCAAUAACAGCACACUGAAUUAAGCUUUUCCUUCAGACUUUUCUUGUAUGUUUUAUGUGCUCCUAGUCCUAAUGCAUAAGCUGUAAAGUCGUGAUGAUAAAAGUUGAUUGGUGGUCAUUUAAUGAAAGAAAAUUUUAGUUGUGCACAUAUAAAAAUUGACAGUUGUUAAAAUGUCACGUUCUGAUUAAAUUAAUAACAACAGUACAAUGUGAACACAGCAAUGUGUUUUGUGUAUGCAAUCCAGAGACUGGAAAAUUGUGUCUCACAACGGUUGUCACAUUUAGUGGCUGAGUUGUGGAGGAAACUUCUGCAAACUGAAACUGUGAAGAUUCACACAGGAUUAGUAAAAUCUGCAAAUAGCUUCAUUUCUAAAGAAAGCUAUCUGACUGAUAAUUCUAAUUUAAAAUGUAUUGUUCCUGUGCUGUUACUGUAGAUUUUGAUGCUAUUGUGAUUAAAGUAAAAUACAAAAGCUAGCCCUGGUUAUUCUUAUUUUAAAUUCUAUCCCCUUU